AUGGCGCUUCCCUUUGGCCUUGGUAUCGCAGUUAGUGUGGGUCUGUAUAACUUGCAGAAUGAUCCAGACGUACCCUUUUCGAGUUUUAUGUUGUUUUUGGGUGUUGCUUUAGCGAUCACUGCAUUUCCCGUGUUGGCCCGUAUUCUAGCAGAGCUCAAGUUGCUGCGUACUAAAGUCGGUGCGAUCACAAUGGCUAGCGGCUUGUUGAAUGAUUGUACUGCCUGGGUACUGCUCGCUUUGGUUGUUGCGUUGCUCAACUCCACUAGUGGAUUGCAGGCACUCUAUGUCUUUUUAACAGCAGUAGCGUUCGCGUUGUUCUUGAUCUUUUUGGUGCGGCCUUUAUAUGUUCUGUUGUGCGUCAAAACAGGAUCUUUCGAGCACGGACCAACACCACUCCUCAUGACUGUCACGUUUAUAAUUGUUAUGGCCUCUGCAUUCAUAACAGACAUCAUUGGAGUGCAUCCAAUUUUUGGAGGAUUCUUGGCGGGCACCAUCAUACCGCACGAAGGAGAUUUAGCGACCAAGAUUGCCGAGAAAAUUGAAGAUUUCGUUAACAUUGUACUACUUCCACUGUAUUUCACGCUUUCAGGAUUGAAAACACAAAUCGGCUUGCUCAAUUCAGGCGCUGUUUGGGGUUAUGUUUUUCUUGUCAUAUUUGUGGCUUGCUUUGGCAAAAUUACUGGCUGUACGGCUGCAGCUAAAUUUUGCGGUAUGUCCUGGCGUGAAUCAUUCACUGUCGGUUUCUUGAUGAACUGCAAAGGCUUAGUGGAACUUAUCGUACUCAACAUUGGCCACGAUGCAGGCGUUUUAAACGACCAAGUAUUCGUGAUUAUGGUUGUCAUGGCGCUGGUUACGACGUUCAUGACUACGCCUGUCGUUAUCAAACUCUAUCCUGAAUGGUACCAAAAACAACGGGCUGAGGCUAUACGUGACGCAAAUGCACCAAGUGUCCACCCAAGCACAGCCAUCCCCAAUAAGGAAUCUUCGAUGGCUUUUGGUAGUGGAGCUGGCGUUGACAAGUUCUCAUUAGUGACGAUGCUGAAUCGACUGGAAACUGUACCGUCAAUGAUGGCUUUGAUUAAGCAUUUAAAGCAGCCCAAGAGCACCUUUGCAACUAUGCCCGGUGGCUCGAAUGAUGAUGCUCGGUAUUUGUCCCAUAUGGUUGAACUCCAUGCUCUCCGCCUUUUGGAGUUGACAGAACGUGCAUCAGACGUCAUGAAGAUUCGUAACCAGCGUGAAACCCAACGCUACGAUCCCGUUCUGAAUGUGAUUCGCACAUUUGCUAGUGUUCUCGGUAUUGACUCACUCCGCACACGGCUCGAGUUUCGUGCACCCAAUGAAUUUAUCAAGACGAUAUCCGAUCAUAGCGAGCAAGUCGAGGCCGACAUGAUUCUGUUGCCAUGGACAAGCAAUCGCCCUGCGAUACCCGCAAUAGCAAAUGCUGACAAUGACAUCGAUCCUAUCGAUCAAUACAUGGCCACAGGGUUGCCCUCGUCGUCGCAGCAUCACCAGUAUCCUGUACCCGACGUGGAAUUUGCAACAGCUGCUUUCGCCAUUGAUCACACGAUUGUUGGUCUUUUCAUUGAUCGGGGUCUUGGCCUUAUUCAAGAUCAGGAAGUAACUUCUCGUACCAAGAUUAUCGUGCCAUUCAUUGGAGGUAGCGACGACCGUGCUGCACUUGUAUUUGCUUUGCGACUCCAGCUUUAUCACCAAGCACGCGCUCUUGUACUU